AUGGUUCACUUCGGACUUCGUACCAUCGGAUCCAUUCUGUACUGGUAUGCUGCUCUAUCCACUGCCACCGCUGGUUCCAGCGCAAGCUCAAACUCCGGAAGCAUCGCCAUGCAAACGUCGGAUAACUCCAACAACAGUGCCACGAAAUGCUUCCCCUCCACUUUCCUCUUCGGGUCGGCCACCGCGUCUUACCAAGUGGAGGGAGCUGUAAACGAAACGGGUCGAACGCCCAGCGUUUGGGAUGAAAUCUGCGGUGGUGACUCGUUCCCCAACUGUGCCAACGUCGCCGACGACUUUUUCCACCGCUACAAGGAUGACAUUGACACGAUGAAAAGCGACGGAUACGGUUCGAUGCGAUUCUCAAUCUCGUGGUCGCGGGCCAUGAACUGGAAUAGUACGCUUCAACGUAUGCAGCCGAACCCUGAAGGCUUGGCGUUUUAUCACUCACUGGUCGAUGGCCUCGCUGCAAGCGGGAUCGAGCCCUUAUUGACGCUAUUUCACUGGGAUAUGCCCAUCGAGCUGUACUCUGCCGGUGAUUUCCUGAACUCGUCAAUUAUCGACCACUUCAAGGACUACGCGGAACUCAUUUUUACCGAGUUCGGACAAAAAGUGAAGUUCUGGUCAACGAUCAACGAGCCGCUUUCGUACAUGUACAUCUUCUACAUUUACACCGGAACAGACAGUGACGAGUAUGAGGCUGCACACAACUUACUGUUGGCACAUGCAGAAAUGGUUGCGCUUUUCCGGAGUCUUCAAGAACAAGGUGCCGUCCAGAGCAGCGCUCGCAUAGGGCUCGUUCUCUCAGGAUUCGGCAUCCCGUAUGAUGAUACUCUGGCUUCCGACGUGAAGGCAGCUGAACGCUUCAACCAGUUUAACUCGGGUUGGUUCCUCGCCCCACUCGCCACCGGUGACUACCCACCUAUGAUGCGCGAGCGUGUUGGAAGCCGUCUACCGAAUUUCACUGACGAGGAAGCUGCACUGGUCAAAGGAUCAUAUGACCUCAUUAUGAUCAACCAUUAUUUCUCCAACCUAAUCACCUACUGUGAUUCUGAUCAUUCCGAAACGAACUGCUCUACUCUUAUGGCGGGAUAUUUCGCCGAUAUGGGAGUUGAUAACACGCAAGUGCACAAUGAUUCUGUUAUCGGAUCUGGUAGUAUUGCCAACCCUACCAGUUGCACCGAUCAUUCCGGUUUCCCACCUAGCUACAUUGAGUACAUCCGCUGGGCGCACGCGUACGAUACGAGCGCGGACAUGUUGCUGACGGAGAACGGAUGGUGUGGCAACGAGACUAUCGACAAUCAAGAUCAAUUGUGGUAUUACCGUACUCACCUCGAGAUGGUUCACCAUGCCAUCUACGAGGAAAAUAUCCCCAUCAUCGGCUACACGGCGUGGAGCUUCGUGGAUAACUACGAGUGGGGCUCGUACGCACCUCGCUAUGGUCUGUACUACGUGGACUUCCCCGACAAUAUUGGCGAUAAAGACGUGUACUCUGUCCCAUCGACAUAUUUGAACCGCACUGCUCGUACGGCUGCGAAAUGGUAUGCGAAUUUAGCUACAACGGGGUGCUUUGAGGCAGAACCGGAGGACGAGAGAUGGCUAAAGUAUCUGUAG